GCAUCAACUAAUAUCCACUCAACCACCAAUUUAAUAAUAACAUUUAUUCAGGGGAUUUCCAUUCACUUUCCACCCACAGAGGGUGCUCACAUCUCAUGUGAGGAGCUUAUGAACAGCUUUUAAUGAAUUGCAGCAUUAUUUUUGGAUUGGAUGUCAACAUUGACAUUUUCUUACACCAGUUAUUAUGAUAUUCCUCAAGUGUGGCUCAUGCCCCCUCAUGGGCUGUGCAGGUACUGCAGGUACUGCAUCUUAUUUUCAGUUUUAUAGUAAAGCAUCAGGUAAUAGUAUUUAAGAAUUUUUAUCAGCCCUAUCUGUUGAAAUAAUUCAUCUUUGGUGUUUUACAGCAGUGGAAUAUUUGUAAUAUUGCUUCACCACCUCCAUCUUAUUAUCCCUUUUUUAUCAGAUGUCACUGGAUUUGUAUGAUGCAGCAAUGUCUUGUGGGUGACAAAAAAGGAAAGUUGGAAAUUGGUGUCCUUGAACAUUAAUUACUUGACAUAACUAAUAUCUUAAACUGCCCUCUAGUGGCAAUGAAGCAGAAUCUCUGUUUUACACUGAAAAACAAGCAGCUUGUGCCCUCAUCGGAGUUCAUGACAUGUUUCCUUUUCACAUUAUGACUCUCUCUAACUGAGAAACCAGGUGUUUCACUAGGACAGAUGGAUGUGGAUGCUCCCCUGCAAUCUGACACCACAGCCUGGGCUUUGCUCUCUGGCCUUUUUUACAUCAUGAAUAGACAGAGUAGAAAACAAAAGAGCAAGGCCUCAGGUCCUCCCCCUCGUGCUUACCAAGUGCUUCUCCUUAGCAGCAGGCAGUCAGCUGACCUGCAGCAUAUAAUGUUCUGUGAAGCAAACACAUGCUCACAGAUCGCAGAGCCUGCUAAGAGGCCUCAUGGCUCUCACCGCUGAUGGGUCAGAGCAGAAAGAACUCACACAGACUCCGCUGCUCAAGAUCUGGGUGCCUUGGAUGGGCUGCAACCUGAACCGCAGGAGGGGAUCCUCAGUGCCUCAGUUCUGUAACUCACCUACAAUGAUUGUGAUGGUGGGACUGCCAGCCAGAGGGAAGACUUACAUUUCCAAGAAGCUCACCCGCUACCUGAACUGGAUUGGAGUUCCUACAAAAAUGUUUAACGUUGGCCAGUACCGAAGGGAGGCUGUAAAGAUUUAUAAGAACUUUGAGUUCUUCAAACAGGACAAUGAAGAGGCCAUGAACAUCCGCAAGGCCUGUGCAGCAGCUGCCCUCAAAGACGUCACUGCAUACUUCACAAAGGAACAAGGACAAGUUGCAGUAUUUGAUGCUACCAACACCACCUGCGAGAGGAGGGCAAUCAUUUUGAAUUUUGCUAAGGAGAAGGGCUACAAGGUGUUCUUUGUGGAAUCAAUAUGUGAGGACCCAGAGAUCAUUGCAGAGAAUAUCAAGCAAGUAAAGUUUGGGAGUCCAGAUUAUGUGGAUCGUGAUAUAGAAGAAGCGAUGGAAGACUUUGUCCAGCGUAUUGAGUGUUACAGAGCCAGUUACACGUCUAUUGAUGAUGACAAGGACAGAAAGCUAUCCUACAUCAAGAUAUUUGACGUGGGCAGCAGAUACCUGGUGAACCAGGUCCAGGACCACAUUCAGAGCAGGAUAGUCUACUACCUCAUGAACAUCCAUGUCACACCAAGAUCAAUCUAUCUGACCCGCCAUGGAGAGAGUGAACUCAACCUUUUGGGGCGCAUUGGUGGAGAUUCUGGCCUCUCCCCUAGAGGACAGAAGUAUGCUAAUGCCUUGGCAACCUUCAUCAAGAGUCAGAAUAUUAAGGACCUGAAGGUGUGGACAAGCCACAUGAAGAGGACCAUUCAGACUGCAGAGGCUCUGGGAGUCCAGUAUGAACAGUGGAAGGCCCUCAAUGAGAUAGACGCUGGUGUUUGUGAGGAGCUUACCUAUGAAGAGAUUCAGAGGGAUUUCCCAUCAGAGUUUGCUCUGAGAGACCAAGACAAAUAUCGCUAUCGUUACCCUAAGGGUGAGUCAUAUGAGGACAUGGUCCAUCGUCUAGAGCCAGUUAUCAUGGAGCUCGAGCGACAGGAGAAUGUUCUGGUCAUCUGCCACCAGGCGAUAAUGCGCUGUCUGUUGGCCUACUUCCUUGACAAACCUGGAGAUGAGCUGCCUUAUCUAAGAUGCCCCCUUCACACGACGCUCAAACUUACACCAGUCGCCUACGGGUGUAAAGUUGAGCCAUUUUUCCUGAAUAUUGAAGCAGUCAACACACACAGAGAGAGGCCAGUGAACGUCAGCGUCAACAGAAAUCAGGAUGAAGCCCUGCAGACUGUCCCGGAUCACAUAUAAAUCAGAAGAGGACUAAAUUUACAUAAAACUUUUCAUUUGCUUUACAAAAUAAUAGAGAGAAACUCCAGCGUUACACACACACACAC